CUUUCUAAUUCUAUCUAUGCCUUCUUCUCACUAUUUCCAUUUCAAAUUCACACCAAUAAUGCCGCUUUCCUUGCGUCCUUGACAACAACCAUGUCCAACCAUCGCCGAAACCCCCCCGGCAUCAUCCUAAUUCGGAGCCUCCGCGGCAAGGACUGGACUCUCAAAACCUACCGCUACGUCGUUUUGUUGGUCACAUUCAUCGCCUACACCUCCUAUCAUGCUUCCAGAAAGCCCAGCAGCAUAGUCAAGAGCGUCCUAGAUCCAGGCCAAAACCGGGCCAAUUCAAUCGGAUUCCGCCCCUGGCCCUUCGGCCAAUUGUUCAUCCAGAGCGACGCGGCGCCGAUUGCGAUUGCGAUUGCGGCGAAGAAUAAGGGAUGGGCGCCGUUCAACGGCAAGGACGGGACGUGGAGAUUGGGGGCGAUUGAUGUGGCCUUCCUCGGCAGUUACGCCAUGGGGAUGUACGGCGCUGGCCAUUUGGGGGAUAAAUUAGACCUUCGGAUGUUCCUCACCACCGGAAUGGUUGGGAGCGGCAUCUUUGUAGGCCUUUUUGGGAUGGGUUACUUUUGGGAUAUUCACAUUUUCUCCUUCUAUUUAGCGAUGCAGAUGGUUGCAGGCCUCUUCCAGGCCACGGGAUGGCCUUCUGUUGUUGCUGUGAUUGGGAAUUGGUUUGGGAAGAGGAAGAGGGGAUUGAUUAUGGGGGUGUGGAAUGCUCACACUUCGACCGGGAACAUUGCUGGAUCCUUGCUUGCUGCUGGUGUGUUGCAGUAUGGGUGGGGAUGGAGCUUUAUUCUGCCUGGGGCUUUUAUAUUUGUUAGUGGGAUAUUAGUGUAUCUCUUCUUGCCUGCUUACCCGGAAGAUAUUGGAUUCUCGAACCCCCACGAGUCUCAUGGGAAGGCGCUGGCGUCGCCUCGGGAUGAGGAGUCGCAGAGAUUGAAGGAGAGUUUGGCUGGAAACUCGAGUUCGGGAGAUAGGAAGAGUAUUGGACUAGUUCAAGCUUGUUUGAUACCGGGAGUUAUUCCGUUUGCACUCUGUCUCUUCUUUGCCAAGCUGGUUGCGUAUACGUUUCUCUAUUGGUUGCCUUACUACCUUAGUCAGACUGCUAUUGAGGGGCAGUAUAUGUCGGUGAAGUCUGCAGGAAAUCUUUCUACAUUGUUUGAUGUUGGGGGAAUAAUUGGUGGAAUUUUAGCUGGUUAUGUAUCUGACAAGCUUAAAGCUCGAGCUACUACUGCUGCUAGCUUCAUGUAUGCUGCAAUACCUGCUAUGAUCUUUUACCGUAGAUAUGGAAGUAUCUCAAAAGUCAGCAAUGUUGUUCUUAUGAUGAUAGCUGGUUUACUUGUGAAUGGGCCUUAUGCACUUAUCACAACUGCUGUUUCUGCUGAUCUUGGCACUCACAGUUCUUUAAAAGGCGAUUCACGGGCAUUGGCAACAGUUACAGCAAUAAUUGAUGGUACUGGAUCUAUUGGUGCUGCUCUAGGUCCUCUUCUCACUGGAUUUCUUUCUUCAGAGAGUUGGGAUGCAGUUUUCUACAUGCUUAUACUUGGUGCUUUUGCUGCUGGUCUUCUUCUAACUCACUUGGUUAUUGCUGAAAUUAAAGAAAAAUUCUCCAAACAGUUGUCACCUGAACAAAAUGAUAUUUCAGGUUUGUGGUAUUGCAGGUGAAGCCUCUCGGCCCCUUUUGCACGAUCAAAGGCGUUGAGCUUAGCAUCACCAUCAACAUCUUGAUAAGAGUAGAGCAUGAGAAACAGAGUUGUUAGACCCGGGUAGGUUGCAUGAAACAAUAAGUUCGAUAAUGCGAUGCUAUAAAAACUUGUGAAAUAGUUCUGUAGGCUGUUAUAUAUAUGUAUAUAUUUAUUCUAUAUAUAUGUUUUUGUGCUGUGCCACGAGAAGACCUCACCAGCUUGGACUGCUGAUGAUAUUCUUCCAUCCCAUUUCAUGGCUGAUAGAAGACAUGUUUUUGCCUCAAAUUCUUGUCCAUGUAGUUUCUGGUCCAUGUUUCUGCCUCAAAUUCUGACUAUAGACGAUAGAUUUGUUUGAAUGUUUAGUUUAGAAUGUUACAAACUUCCAUUUGUUUUAUUAGAAAGUAUCCUUCAUAAUUCAACUUACAGUUAUGUGUUA